CUGAAGUCGCACACAGACUUUCCGUCCGGAGUCACGUGCUUGAUCAGCUGUUCUGCGGUACAUCCGCCUGACUCGCGCUAGAGUGUUUACAUGCAGACUGCACGGAGCAGAAUGGGCAGACCCGCGUGAAGCAUUGCAGAUUAAUGGUUAGUGGACUGUGGUCUUCAUUGUGAUCAGGCCUAUGAGGAGACAUGCAGCACCCAAAUUUUGAAACACGACACCCACUGCAGCAGGAAGAGCAGGAGACUGGUUAUGAUCCCCUGCAGAACUACAACAGGAACAGAGACCGAGGAUCAUUGGAUAGUGCUGUUGAGUCCACGUUUCCGUCAUACAGAAAGGAGUGGGAUGAUUUGUUCCAGAACAGUAACUACCUGGUGCGGAUCAGGCAGGCUGGCAUUAACGGACGAUUACGGAGCAGCCGAUUCCGCAGCGUAUGCUGGAAGCUUUAUCUGGACGUCCUGCCAGAAGAUAAGACUCAAUGGAUCAGUCGAACCAAGGAGCUCAGAGCACAGUACGAAAAGAUCAAAGAGACGCACAUUACAAACCCUCGCAAAGCUGCCGGCCAACAGGACCUGGUGGUGAACAACCCACUCUCACAGGAUGAGGGGAGUCUCUGGAAUAAGUUCUUUCAGGAUAAGGAGCUCAGGAGCAUGAUCAAACAAGAUGUUUUACGAACAUUUCCAGAGAUGCUGUACUUCCAGGAAGAGGAUGUCAGGACGAAGCUGACUGAUAUUCUCUUCUGCUAUGCACGAGAGAAUGAGCAGCUACUGUAUAAGCAGGGCAUGCAUGAGUUACUGGCCCCUAUAGUGUUUGUUCUCCACUGUGAUCACCAGGCGUUUCAGCAUGCCAGUGAGACGGCCAAUCCCAGUGAAGAAAUGAAAGUCCUUCUGGAUCCUAAAUUCCAUGAGCACGAUGCCUAUGUCAUGUUUUCUCUGCUCAUGGAGACAGCAGAACCCUGGUUCAGCAGUUUUGAGCGGGAGGUCAGAAAGGGCAAAGAAGAGAUGUUAACCAGCAUCCCAUUUGCGAGACCACAGGACUCCGGCCCUUCUGUUGCAAUAGUGACCAAAGUCAACCGAAUUCAGGAUCAGCUAGUAAAAAAACAUGACAUUGAACUAUACAUGCACCUCAACAGACUAGAGAUAGCACCCCAGAUAUAUGGCAUUCGCUGGGUUCGACUGCUGUUUGGUCGGGAGUUUCCCCUGCAGGAUCUGUUGGUGGUCUGGGAUGCUCUUUUUGCGGACAGCAUCACUUUGGACUUGGUGGAUUACGUGUUUGUCGCUAUGCUUCUGUACAUCAGAGAUGCAUUGAUCGCAAGUAACUUUCAGACAUGUCUCGGCCUCCUGAUGCACUAUCCUCCUAUCGGAGACAUCCACUCACUGCUCCUAAAAGCACUAUUCCUCAGAGACCCUAAGAAUAAUCCCCGACCAGUAAACUACCAGUUCCAGCAAAACCUUGACUACUACAAAACCUGUGGAGCCGACUUGGUCAACAAGACUCGGGCCAGCACUAAAGCAGCACCUCUCAACAUUAAUAAAGUAUCCAGUUCUCUUCUUAAUUUCGGCCGGAAGCUCAUUGCACCGAUAGGAGGUGGCUCCAGUGGUAUCUCACCAAUAAACAGUGAGGUGAUAUCAGCUCCUCCCCUUCAAACUCCAGUGCCACGACCAUUGGCCGAACCUCCAUCAUGCACCGCUCCGGCAAACACGCAGAUGAAAUCACAGCCACACACACAAACGCAGCAUCAGCAACGACUGCUGAAGUCUGAAAGUAUGCCAGUGCACCUCAGCAAAGAUGUAGGUCCUUGUGGAGCCUCUCAGAUUUCUCUCCCUGCCCAGAUCCAAUCUGAUACCCCAGGCCACACCCCCAGGACCAUUAGCUCCUCCCCUAGCACUGAGAGUUUGUCUGGUGGGCGGGACCAUGCAAUGUCUUCCCCUCCUCUCCCUGUGUCCAGGGGACGAGACUCCAGCACAUCAUCUCCGCCUUCCUCUGCCACGAAGAAAGACUCUUUCUUUAAUAUCAGUCGCUCACGGUCCCACAGUAAAACUAUAAACAAGAAGGAUGCAGAGGAGCUGGAAGCCCAGGUGUCGUUCUUACAGGGUCAGAUUAAUGACCUAGAGGCUAUGAGUAAAUAUUGUGCCAAGAUGAUGAACAUGCACAUAGGAAAAAUUCAAGAAGUGAUACUGCAGGAGCAUCUAGAGAAGGAAGAUGAGGUUCUGGUGUCACUUGCUGGACUAAAACAGAUUAAGGACAUCCUGAAGGGGGCUCUCAGAUUCAACCAGAGCCAGCUGGAGGCGGAGGAGAAUGAGGAGAUCUCCAUAGCAGACGAUCACUACUGCUCUAGCCAGUAUAGUACACUAAAGGAUGAGAGUGAUCCAGACCAUUUGUCUGCAGACGCAGAUGGUUCUACAAUCAAACAACAAACGGUUCCAGAGCGCUACAACCACCAGGAAGGAGACAUGGUAGCAGAAAAAGAAGAAGAAGAAAAAGAGGAGGAGGAGGAGAAGAAGGUCUUGACCACUGAGAAUGUCCCCACAAUACCAGAGCCGCAGGCAUCUGAAGGGAGAAACUGGGAUGACUACAUCUUGGUCUCACAGGAUGGAGAGCCGUCUGAGAGUGAGGAGCAAAGCAUAACCCCCACGGCUCCACUCUUUAAGCAUGUACGAGGCCUAAACAAAGCGGAUUUUCAAGACCCUCUGAUGGGGACCACGUCCGGGUCCUCCAGUCCAGAUGACGGCAGCACUCACAGCAAGGACUCUGACUUCACUAUUGUAAAUCCAACUGACCUUUGAACCUGGAUUCUCCCUAAAUAUGACUGUACCCAUCUUCAACACUUAAGAAACUCUGCUGGACAUUUGCACAUAGGAACUCAGGCUGAUUGCCUCAUGUGCCCCCAUGCCCUGUAACUCAAUCCCUAAACCACACAUUCUGUUUCUUAAAUCCUGGACCUCUGGCUAUGGAUUUUUAAUACAUCCUAAUUUAAAACGGCUCUUUUCUUUGUGCCCCAAAUGUGUGUCCCUGAUCAUAGAUCCUUUGCUCUGUUACCUAAAUGUACUAUCUAAAGCCAUAAAAAGCAGCUUCAACUUAAAUGAGAUUUUCCAUUUUGUAAUUUUCUUUGAAAAUGUCCUAACAGCUAAAGGUUCAUCUUGACGUUUGUGUAGAAAACCUAUAUUUGUUUUCUCCUAAAUCAAUAUCCUGUGAAAUACAUUUAACAGACACUCUGCCUCAGAUAAAAGCUAAAUUCUGCUUCAGUUUUCCCUCUAUCUCUGUCUUUGUCUCUUUUUUGGGGAACUGGCUGUUGUGAUAAGGACGGGACACUGACAGAUGCUCAAUCUAGUAGUAGAGAGCUCCUUUAUUAUGAAUAUGGUCUGAAUGUCUCUUUCAUUCACUCUCAUCUUUAUUGAUUUUCCAUAAACCAGUGCCUGAGCAGUUGUCUAUGUUCCAGUUUUGUCUGUAUUUUCUUUCUUUUUUAAGCUGAGAUUUUAGUCCAUAGACCACAAAAGUCAUUUGUUAAAUUAUGGAUUUUUUUCUUUCAUAUUUGUCAUUAUUUUUAAGCCAAUGAUAUGUUAAACUUUUAUGUUCUAGUAUUUCUCUGGUGUCAGUAGUCUUAUUUUGUCUUGGUUCCCGUGGUAACUGUGUAUUGUUUUGCACAUGACACGAAGGAUGUUUCUAAUACUGAUAUCCUAUUAACUCUGGAUGAAUAAAAAGCAUUACUCUUGUCUAAUCCAAA